UCGAGCUUCGCGGCGGGGUACUUGGGUCUGAGACGAGGCAGAGAAGCGAGCAUGGAUGAUCUUAUUUGUUGUGCGAAACAGGUAAAUGUACCUUGCUCCUCGCAACUAGUCAGUCAUUAAUUAUUGAAACCAGGGUAAAAUUCGAUCGAGAGGUGUCAGGAUUAUGGGUGGUUGGAAAAUGGAUAGUAAGUACGAUUAGGAGUGGAUAAGUGUAUAGGAUGGAAGAAGCAGAGGAAAAGGGGCGGCGUUGGGUGUUGAGCAAAGGAGUGAGAAUGGGGAAGCAGAUCCUGCUGGCUGGGUUACUGGCAUCUUCUGCCCCGGUGGUUGUUCCGCCUCUCGUGGUUGCUUCGGUAAUUGGGAUCUCCGUUUCCAUCCCUUUUGGCCUCUUUUUGGCAAGCCAUGCCUGCACGCGCAAGCUGAUGAGUAAAUUGCUCCCGAUGCCUGCUACACCUUCUUAUCUCGCUCGAGGCCAGAAAGAGUGUGUUGGUAUUGAAAUGGGAGAGAAAGAAGAUGGAGGAGAAGAGGAGGCAUCCCCUGCAAUUGGAGAUGGAAAAAAGGAAAGCGAGCAUAUUAAACAAAUCGAUGACAGUGAUGUCAUGGACUCACACAAGCCAGUUCCAAGUGCAGUGACUGCUGAUGAAACUCAAGAAUCUUCCAAUCCGGCGGUGACUGCUGUUGCGGAUGUCCGAUCUGAAUAUUCCUCGGCUACUCACAUUAUGAGUCCUCCUAGUAUUAAUAAGGUCACGGCGAAUGAGGAGAGGCUGUGGAGAGAGAUCAAUGCCAUCCGAGUGAUAGUGGGAUACGAAGGGACACCUCAAGCGUCGUGCAUGGAAGAAUUAAAGAGGCUGUACGUUCUCGCCGGAGUUGAGCCACCCUCUCUGCUCAGCACUUCCUGCAAUUCCCUUGAAAUACGUGGCCACCUUCGUUUUCUCAUGUCCGUCCUUGGAGUCAAAUCCAAGGGUCCCUGA